AGCAUCUUCAAUGGGUUCACGGGCAAGGAGUGGGCAUCUGGCCCCUGAUUUUAUGAUUCUCAACCGACGGAAGGCUGAGGAUCAGCGAAGAGUGUUUGACGAGAAGUGUAAAUCUGAUGCUUCUGUUGAACGGUUCGCGCACUGGGAGCACAAGACCGCAGGGAAGAUUGAGAGGAACACGGUCACCAGGAAGGUGGAAACUAUGAAGCAGGACAUGAAGGAAGAGCUGAAUGAGCGGCGAUCCAAACUUGCUGCUCUGCUGGCAGAAGAAGAUGCAAGAUACACUGCGGAGUUGAGUUCGUUUGAAGAGACCCCAGAAAUGAGAAGAGAUCGGCUGAAAGCUCGGGCACGAGAGUUGAUGCGCCGACGAGAGCAGGAGAAGCGCGAGUUUGCUGUGCUCAUGAGGGAGCGGCAGUUUCGGGAAUCUUGCGACGCUUUUCGUGAGCAUGAUGGAGAACAAUUGCUCCAUGAAUGCGUGGUUGCGCGCGAGAGAGCGUUGGAAGAGAAGGAGGAGAACAAGCAGAGGCAAAAAGAAGAGAAUGAAAUGUGGCAUAACAAGCUGCUCGAUCUUGUACGCAAAUCAGAAGAGAGGGAGAUGAACGACAAGAAUCGACAGAUGGAACUCCGGUCAGAGAUGCUUCAUACAUUGCAAGAACAGAUCCAGGAGCUACAAGCGAGAAGAGACGAAGACGAGAGGCUGAAGCAAGAAGAAGCAAGACUCAUGAGAGAACGAUUCGAGCUUGACCUCGCGGAGGCCAAGAGGAAAGAGCAUGAACGAGCAGAGAUGCAGGCAGAAAAGAAGCUGGCAGUCGCCAGACACAACGCUCUACUGCGAGCUGAGAAGGACGCAGAAAUCAGACGCCAACAGGAAGAAGACUUGAAAUUGCUUAAUGCCAUGCUGGACAAAGAAAGGCGUGCAGAGGAGGCCGAGUUGCAGUACAAGGCGCAGCUGCGUCAGCAAGCCCGGGAGUACCAGGCGCAGCUCAUUGAACUUAUGAAGAAAGAAGCCGUGGAUGAGGCGGCAAGCGAGGCGAUCAGAAAGGCAGAGCAAGAGAAGGCCUGGCGCAAACGCGAGGAGGUGUGGGAGAAAGAGAGGGCGGCACGCGAGAAGUUGAUGAAGGAGGUGCUUCAAACGCGUCGUGAACAAUUGCAACAAAGAAUCGAGCAGAACAGGAGAGAACGAGAGUUCGCUAUGGAGGAGAAGGAGCGUAUGGUGAGAGAAGUCGACGAUAUAGAGCAGCAGAACGCGCUGCAGGCUGAGAUCCGCAAGAGGAUCGCAAAGGAGCAUCAGCGGGACAUCCUGACCCAGAUCGAGGAAGCCAAGAACGCGAUGCGAAGAGAGAUGGAGAUCGCGGCCCUGGAGCUUGAGGCUUCCCGGAGGGAGGAAGCUGCAUACCAGGCAAAACUGGCCAAGGAGAUGCUGGUGCAGAAGCCACUGAAGAAUCAUGGACUAAAGAGCACGGGACUCUUCUAAUACUGCAUUCGCUCCUACCUCGUUUAUGCACUUGAGACAUUUGAUUGUUUGAGUUGGUUUACAUCCCCUUGGAAACAAAGACGAGUCCUUUCCC